AUGAUGCCGUCAAAAGUCCUGAUCUUUACUGGCGCUCCCGAGAGUAGCACGCUUGAUUGGGAAUCCGGGCUGCUGUCAGCCUUUUCCGAUCCGAUUGCCCGGUUUGCAGGAAUCACAACAGACAGCCAACAGCCUCGUCCGGCAAUCGAGGAUCACGCUGCCUGGAGAUCGUUGACACUGGAGAGGACUGAUAUCCCACACGACCGCCAGAAGCAGGUCGCUCUUGACCCCUGCUACGAUGAAUCAGCAGACUUUCUUCCAGGGACGGGACCCGACUUCUUCACAACAGUAUAUACUGCCUCUUUCGCAUCGACCAGAAUCGGAGAAUCUCAAUCUCAGGUUCAGUCUCGGGCCGAGUCCCAGAACCAUGCGUUGUCACAGCUCUACGAGCACUCAAUAGCAAUCCAUCAGGAAAUGCCCUCUUCCCACCUUGUCAAUCACCACAGCCAAAGCGACCAGUCAGACUCUUGUAUCAGCAACGAGACUACCUCUUUUCUGUCUGAUGGCCCCAGCCAACACGAGCCCGCGAGGGGGCCGUUGCCUUUUCGGGGAGAUUCUCACCUCACCGACCUGAAAGAUAUCCCACCAGCCUCGUGUCUUACCAAGAUCAUGCCGCAGACCGCGAGCGUCAACUUGAUUGCAGGCAUCAUCUCGGUUGCCCGGCCUCGAGUUGUCAACACCCGAUGGGGCUCAAAGCAUCUGGUGGAGAUUUUGGUUGGUGACGAGACCAGAGCUGGUUUCACCGUUACCUACUGGCUACCAUCAGAUGAUGUUGAGAAAAGCUGCCUUGCCGGACUGCGGCCCGGAGACAUUGUCCUAAUGCAGAACAUUGGGCUGAAUGUGUUUCUGGAAAAGGUCUAUGGGUCCAGUCUCCGCAAGGAUCUCUCCAAGGUCCACCUUCUCUACCGCGUGAAACUCGACUCCCAAGAGAGCGGCGGCCACUACGCAGCAUCGGAUCUGGCGUCCACGACUAAUCGGCAUCCCCAGCUGGACAAGACACGCCAGGUUCGAGAUUGGGUUCUGAACUUUGUCGGUGGUGGUGCCCGGCACCAGGGCAAGUCCAAAAACAAGCCGGCCAACCCCAAGCGUCGUUGGGAACGACCACCAGACGACGAUACCCAGCUGCCUUAA